AUGGGCGAUACAGUUCUCGAAGUGAAAGAGCUGCAAUGUGCUAGGCCUAAGGGCGACCCCAUCUUUUCCAACGUGAGCUUCGCGGUCAGCAAGGGCGACAUUGUAGUCGUACAGGGCAAAAGCGGCUCUGGGAAGUCUACCCUGUUGAAAUGUCUCUCGCAUCUCAUCCUAUACCAAGGCGAUAUAUUGUAUCGAGAACAGACGCCGAAGUCAUAUGGCAUACCAAGCUACCGGACUCGCGUCCAAUACGUUCCCCAGCGCGCGUCUCUACUGCCAGGCACACCGCGAGACUUCAUGACUUCUAUCUUGAAUUUUGGGUCGUACAGCAAGCAACCGGUGUUGGGGGAUGAUAGGAUCGGAAGGCCCCGAGGCCUGUCAAACGAUACAAUAGACCUCGCGGAAUCCUGGGGCAUCGACGAGGAAUUAUGGGACAGGAACUGGAGCACCCUGAGUGGGGGAGAGAUGCAGAGGAUCGCUUUGGCGAUGGCUAUAGGAAUGGGGACUGCAGAAGUACUUCUGCUCGAUGAGCCGACGUCGGCUCUUGACCCUGAUUCAUCGGCUCGUGUCGAGAGGUUCUUGAAAUCGGAGAUUAAGAAGCCUAACACGAACUUGAAGGCUCUGAUAUGGGUAACUCAUUCAGAGGAGCAAGGCAGGCGGGUUGGUACCAGGUUCAUGCAGCUCAGUGCUGGAGGGAUUCAAGAGGAGUCGGUAGACCCUGGAGUGUAAUAAAUACUAGUAGCGGGGUUGAUAUUCAUCUCG